CCGCUCGGACGAAUUUUAAUGGCGAAAGGGCCAGAACACAAUCAAGCUCUUGCGAUAAAGACUGACCAGCAGCAACUCACUCAGACACAGCAGGAUCCAGCCCCUUAAAUCGAAGACACGGUAACUCAACAACUUACCCGUACAGUCACCGACAAUGUCGACUGCAGCGCUCGCAGGGAGCACUGGCCUCGUAGGCUCCAACAUCCUCAGCCAGCUCCUCGCCCACCCCUCCUUCUCAUCCGUCUACGCCUAUGCACGCCGUGACCUGCCCAACCCCACUGCCACGUCCAAGUUGAAUCCUAUCACAUCGACCGACACAUCGACAUGGACGAGCAUGUUCCCGCGCUCCCCAGCACCUGCAAUAUUCUUCUCCGGCCUCGGGAGCACGAAAGCACAAGCCGGCAGCUUGGAAGCUCAGCGCGAAAUCGACUACGACCUUAAUCUCGCGCUUGCCAAAGCCGCAAAAGAGGCCGGUGUCGAUACAUACGUGUUGAUCAGCGCCGGAAGCGCGAACGCGCAGAGCAGUUUCGCGUAUGUUAGGAUGAAGGGCGAGCUGGAAGAGAGCGUCAAGGCGCUGGGGUUCAAGCACACGGUCCUUGUGCGGCCGGGGCUGAUUCUUGGGGGCAGGGAGGAUAGCAGGCCCGCCGAGUUUGCGAUUCAGAAGGUUGCGGGCUUGUUCAAGAGUGUAACACCCAAGUUGACGGAUUUCUGGGCGCAGGAUGCGACGACCAUUGCGAGGGCUGCUGUCAAUGCGGGAGUGCAGUGUGUGGAGGGCAAGAAGGAGGGUGGCGUCUGGCUACUGGGGCAGGCUGAGAUUAACGCGCUGGGCAAGGCGUAGAUUGUGAGUAGGCAUGCACUGCAGAUAGCUCAGAAGGGUGCUUGUAGCUGUGUGGAUGCCGAAGCACUUGCCCUUUACUUCGCGAUACCCUCAAUCAGAUUGCCCACUCGUCUCAAUCAUGAUCGAGUAAACAGCUACCAGGUUGCUGGAUUCUCUGGAGCGCGCUGUCGUGCACCGUACUACCAGAGAAUGACCUCACUCGAACUCCAAAUAUGCUCUGAGAGCAGCCAAUGAACGCUCAGCCUGUUCUCCGCGUUUCCACUGUGCGACCUACUUGGG